AAUCUAAAAAUAACCAUUUUGUAAAAGAACAACAUGGCGGCGAACAUAGGCAAAGCGAAAGUCGACCGUUCUAACCCGUUUUUGGAUGACCAAGAUGACGAUUUUGAGUUCGUAAAUGGAGAUCAAAUCCAGAGACAAAUGAGGCAAGCACAGCAACGCACUUUAGAAAGUACAAAACGCUCGUUGGCUUUGAUAGACGAUUCUCAUGAUAUGGCAUGCAAGACAGCUGAGGAGUUAGUCUAUCAAGGGGAACAACUCAAUCGUAUUGAAAGAAAUCUUGACGUUAUACACGAUGAUAUGAACGUUGCAAAUAGACAUAUUACAUCUAUGAAGAGUAUUUGGGGGACUGUCGGCAACUAUUUCAAACGAGCGCCUAAAAAGACUGCCUCAGAAAUCCCAGCCACCGAACCCCAGCCAGGCCUUGGCAACAUCACCACUUCACACGCAUUUGAACCGAGUCCGUCCGGUAGCAAGCAGUAUGGGACAAGUCCUAGCUCUAAUUACUACAGGCAAGAACAAACCUUGAGAUCAAACGACCCUUAUGAACGACAAGUGAACGAAAAUCUCGACUUGAUGUCUCAGGGAUUGAGUCGACUGAAAGAAGAUGCAAUGAUACUGGGAUGUGAAAUAGACAGACAGAACGAACAGUUGCCAAGGAUCACCAUGAAGGCUGAAACUGCUGAUAUCAAAGUACAAAAGGCUCAAAAAGACAUAAGAAAGAUGUUACGGUAGUGUUUAUUUAAUAUAUGAACUUUAAUAUCAGACAAAAGUGAGAAUUAUAUCAAAUUAUUUGUUAUGAAUGGUUACMCAUCAAAAGUCCUUUCAGAUGUCACUGCACCUUUUGCUAAAGAAGCCAUGCCUUUGCUUUGAAGAUAUAUAAGACCCGGUGAUCUUGCAAUGACAGAUAUCAUCCUUCGCACUACCCCGCGCAUGCAUUGCCAGACUUCUGUGGGUUUGGGGAUGUAAAGAAUGUUUUUUUUAGUAGUAAUCAUGCACCAGUGAAUGCAGGGAAAUAAUGCAGAUUGCUAUCAAUUGCUAUCAAUCAAAUGAAACUUUGAAAAGUCAAAGUGGCAUGCAUAUCCAAGGCAAACAAUUCCAAAUGGAAUGACAUUGCAGGCUACCUUCACACCUAUAGGCAUUAUAGGUAUUCAUAGUUGCAAGCUUACUACUGAUCAUCUUGCUUUGGUGCAAAGGAAGAGAUUACUUUAGGAUGGUUAUAGUGAAAAGACUACAAUAUAUAGAUUCUUGUUUACUCUAUUUUGUGUAGAUUUUUUAUUAUGAGAGUAAGCAGAAUUUAAAUUCAUUAGAGAAAAUACUGUAUUAACAACUUUGUUUGGUUGACAGGGAAAAUGGGUUUUUCAAGAUAAAAAUAGUACACUAGGAUGUUUUGCAUGGCCAAUUGAUUUUAGAAAAUGAAUGCAUCAAAUAAAAUCUUAAUAAUGAAAUUAAAAAUAAAAUUUAAAGGCCAGAGAUGAAAAUAUUUGCUAUUUCCUAGGAGCAAGUUACCAGAGAUAAUUGAGAGAACAAUUGUCAUUAGACAUACUAAUAAAUCUUAUGUUAUUUUUUCAAGUUUUCCUUUGUAAAGUACUAUUAAUUUAUAUAUAUAAUUGAAAAUUACUGAGUAMAUUUUUUACUGAGUUCA